GUUGAUCGAAGCGUCAUCGACAGCUGGUCGAAGGCGGAAAAAUUCAAAUCGAAUAUUUCUUAAGGGUGCGCGACAAAGUUGUGUGUUUACAAAAUUACGAUCCUGAAAGCAGUCGAGAUGGAAACGGACGGAUUUGCAACGGGACUAUUUCUGAGUUACAAAGAUUCAGAGAUUCUUCUCAUCGUAUCAUUGACUAUAAACUUCUGCGUUUUAUGGAGUGUAAUUUUGCCAAAGCUGUGUCAAGCCGUCUUAAGAAUGUCAAGUCGUUGGCAGAGAGGACAUGAAAUGGAGGAACAGCUAGGCGAGAUUCCAGUUUGGUGUAGGAGAUUCUCUACCAAUCACGUAUUUUGCGUGGCUCUUCCUGCGUGUGGAAUCGUUUUACUAACAAGUACAGACAUCCUUCAAAACCCUUUCUUCACAUUCGGAGGAUCUUUUCUUCUCGUGUUUUCCAUCGCUCUGGGUCAUUACGUGUUCAAAGCAGCGGAAGUCCUCACGUUCCGAAGCGAAAUCUUCCAUUACAAACCGCUCCUAGUCCACCAUGUUGUUGCUAUGGCAACAUACGCUGUGAUUUUGAUAUUCGAGGAAAACACUCUCAUGGGAGUGGUAAUGUUAUGUGUCGAGGGGAGCCUGAUAUUUGCUGAGAGAGAAAAGGAACGCUUUCGUCAGGAGGUCAGUUUUGAACAGGAAUCGACAUCACGAAAGUGUGUGACGGCCCUAGUUUUUGUACUUGCUAUUAUCAUCAAAGGAAUUAUCCCAGUCUCUAUCAUCAUCAUUGCGUUCUUAAUGGCGCUAAACGAGCUUCUGCGCAUGUCAUACAUCCCGCUGGCUUUCUUCUUUCUAAGCCUGGUCUUCUUCGCCUCUGUGAACCUGUGGUUCUUCCGAGACGCGUUCAACGAAGUUUCGCGCCAAUUUACCAGGCACCCUCGCUUUCCCGUGAUCAUUAUACCAAUACACAACAACCAGAAACCCUCACCACCGACCACUGCUAUUAACAACGACGGGCUCAAGCAACUACUACUAUCCAAGGAGGGCCUGGGGAGCUGCGUUAAUGUGAAAGAAAAUUCUCUCUGGGGAAAGGACGAGUUGAACUCAAGCCAAGGUGCACCAGCGAUCCUUCCAAUGGAGUCUUCAACACCAGAGGAGAUGAAAGGACAAUUCGUUUUAGAAAUUGGAAGUAAAGGAACUUAUUAAGUUCCAGCUGAUGUCAAUCUCUUCAUCAGAACGUUACAUUGCUUGUAAAAAUAUCAUCCCUUGAAUUUCCCGUUUCAGUGUUUAACGGAAGAAAAUUCGAAAUUUGGUUUUAUUGUUUUGCGUUAUAAAAUUAGACAUUGAACAUUUUAAGAAAAUUUAUAGUUUUUUUGUUGUAUAGAAAAUUUCUUAAAUAGAAGACAAAGGACAGACAAAGUUUUUCUGUUUGAUUCAUUAUUUGCAUUGUUGACCACAAAACCAAAGCUAGUUAUGGAAUGGAUCAUGUUACUACUGAGGGUGGGAAGGGUAGAGGCCAACUAGAAAACAUUCUCCAUAAAAGUACUUGAAAAAAAAAAACUUGAGCUAGGUGAGAGAAAUUAUUGAUCUAAGCACGAAAGAAAAUUCUUGCUGAAGACUUUGAACAAUAUAUUCGAGUGCAAAAAAAGUGCUUUUUCCUCAAUGAGACUUAAAUAUCAAUCAUUUUCUCAAAAUUCAAACGUUUUUUGAGUUUGAUAAGCCGCGAACAUAAAAGUGGCUUUGGACAUUAUUGUUAUUAUCAAUAUGAAGUUAUAAAAUGAUAUUAAUUUAUUUAGUGACAAAUUUCUGUGACAAGAACACUAUGUAGAAAUAUCUGUGCCAAAAAAUUCCACGAAUUGAUAUCGUUUUUACACGGUUUAAUUUUCAGGCGACAAAAUGUAUGUCAUUUCUAUGUAAAUAUAACUUGUUUAAACUAAACUGUUAACAAAAUAACAAACAUCAAGUUUUUAUUUAUUGAAGUACUCAAAGAGGUAGAGAUACUCACCCAAAAAUUUCAAAAUAAAAUGAAAACUUAAAAU